CAAGCGCUGUAGACUUCACGUUUACUAGCAAGAAAAAAUCAACGAAAAGCCACCGAGUUUCUCUUCUCAUGGACCUGUAUUGUCUUUUUUUAAUUACACUACGGUGUGCAUUUAUGUUACCUCUUUGAAAGCUACUUUUACGAAACUAUUUUUGUUUUAAAGAAAUUACAGUACCAUUAAAAAAAGAGUAGGUAUAGUAAGAUUUGGAGACUCUGAGAAUGGCGUCAAUUGGAGAGUUCGACCCUCUAACAUCCAGUGUUCCUGCAACCAAAAUUGAAAUAACAGUCUCAUGCAGGAACCUGCUGGAUAUGGACACCUUCUCCAAGUCUGAUCCUGUGGUAGUGCUUUACGUGCAGGGAAUUGGGAGCAAGGAAUGGAGGGAGUUUGGAAGGACCGAAGUGAUUGAGAACACAUUAAACCCGGAUUUUGUGCGGAAAUUCGUUCUCGACUACUUCUUCGAAGAGAAGCAGAAUCUUCGGUUUGAUGUGUACAAUGUGGACUCGAGAAGCUCAAACAUUUCAAAACAUAAGGAUUUUCUGGGACAGACAUUUUGUACACUGGGGGAGAUCAUUGGCUCUAAAGCUGGCCGACUGGAGAACAAUCUGUCUGGGAUACCUGGAAAGAAAUGUGGGAUCAUUAUCUUCUCUGCUGAAGAGCUGAGCAACUGUCGGGAUAUCGCCACCAUGCAGAUGUGUGCCAACAAGCUAGAUAAAAAAGACUUCUUUGGGAAGUCUGACCCAUUUCUUGUCUUUUAUCGCAGCAAUGAAGAUGGAACGUUCACAAUCUGCCAUAAAACGGAGGUUGUUAAGAACACUCUGAACCCUACGUGGCAGCCGUUUACCAUCCCUGUGCGGGCGCUGUGCAACGGAGACUACGACAGAACCGUUAAAGUAGACUGUUACGACUGGGACCGAGAUGGCAGUCAUGACUUUAUUGGGGAGUUCACCACAAGCUACAGGGAGCUGUCUCGUGGACAGAACCAGUUUAAUGUCUAUGAGGUUUUAAAUCCAAAGAAAAAGGGAAAGAAGAAAAAAUAUAUCAAUUCUGGCACAGUAACACUGCUGUCAUUCAAAGUGGAAUCUGAAUACACGUUUGUGGAUUACAUCAGAGGAGGGACUCAACUGAACUUCACUGUGGCUAUAGACUUUACAGCAUCCAAUGGUAACCCAUCCCAGCCAACCUCUCUGCACUACAUGAACCCCUACCAGAUGAACGCCUAUGCCAUGGCUCUGAAAGCAGUGGGAGAGAUCAUUCAGGACUACGACAGCGAUAAACUUUUCCCAGCAUAUGGAUUCGGGGCCAAGCUACCGCCAGAUGGAAAAAUCUCCCAUGAGUUCCCAUUGAAUGCAGACUAUGAGAACCCAAACUGUGUGGCAAUAGAAGGGGUGCUAGAAGCCUAUUUCCAGAGCCUCCGAACAGUGCAGCUGUACGGGCCCACAAACUUCGCCCCGGUUAUCAACCAAGUCGCAAGAUCAGCUGCUAAUAUGACGGAUGGCUCGCAGUAUUUUGUCCUAUUGAUGAUCACAGACGGUGUCAUCUCUGAUAUGGUGCAGACGAAGGAAGCCAUUGUCAAUGCUGCUUCUCUUCCAAUGUCCAUCAUAAUCAUUGGGGUCGGCCCAGCAGAGUUUGAUGCAAUGGAGGAACUGGAUGGAGAUGAAGUUCGGGUCUCAUCCAGGGGGCGCUUUGCAGAACGAGACAUUGUACAGUUUGUGCCAUUCCGGGAUUACAUUGACCGCUCUGGAAAUCAAGUAUUAAGCAUGGCCAGGCUUGCAAAGGAUGUGUUAGCAGAGAUUCCCGAACAGUUACUGUCGUUUAUGAAAUCUCAUGGCAUCGAGCCCCGCCCAUCCCUGCCUUCCUCCAAUCAGCUGCACAUGAGGAUCUGAGCUGGGGUGCGAAUGGCCGUCUCUACAAUUGCCUCCAGCACCAUCGUUUUUAUCCAUCCAGUUCUAGGAACAGAACCACACUUGGAUCCAAGACCAUACCUCCAUACCAAGCAAUGCAUGCAAGAAGGCAGUUUCGUUUCUUCCUUCACAUCUUGGGCUCCCAAGUCGUCCGAGGCUGCACUCAAUGAAGAAUCAUACUUGCAACAAAAUCAGAGUAUGCAACGCAUGUUUUGUACAGCACAUCUACAUUUAUGCAUUCCUUAUCUUUUCGUAAGACAGUAAAAAAAAAAAUGUUUUUGGAGCAGAGGGGCGCAAUAGUUAGUUUAUCGGCCAAUACAGUCUGUGAAUGUUUUAGAAUUAAGACUAUUUAUAAAUAGACACAGGUGGAUCGCGUGUUUUCUUCCAGAUGUUGGCAUAUGGUUGUUAAAUAAACUUUAAGUCUUCAUGAAGUUCAAGGCAACUUUUGGAGCAUUGAAUCAACAUGGUUCUCUAUUGAAGUAGGAUGCAGAUUCUUUGGAUGAUCACCACAAGAGGCAGAAGAUCCUGCUGCUUACAUUCCUUCAGACAAGUUAUUUGCCUAUUCUACCCUCAUAAUAUUGUAUUACUGUAAAAUGUAAUGUAUUUCAGAUAGUCUUUUUUUAAUGUUGGAUGUUUAUAAAGUUUAACUUGAUACACACACCCUCACAACAGGUUUUAACUCACACUGCAAUGCAUUCAGGUGCCUGUGGUCAUGCAUCUCUUAACGAAGAGGUAUGUAAAUGCAUUGGGGUUGUUAAAAAACCAAAGAUGAAGAUCAUCCAGCAGAAUAUUUUAAAUAGAAAUCGUGGAAUUCAAUUGGUAGCAAUUUUUUGUUCUCCAGGUUGAGUUCUCCUAAGACCAGUGGGCAGUGAAAUGACUUCUGGAACAACUAAACAAACUGUGUUAAAAAAGAAAAUCUGCCAUAAAACAAGCAGCAGUAAUUGAUGACAGCCAGAGAUGCUCCAUAACCAAGGCUUACAAAUCAAUAUUAUCACUGCUGUCCCUUUUCUUCUCUUAAAAGACUUCAGCUUUUGCUUGUAUUUUAAACUAGAAUUUGGAAAAUACAGAUAUUUCAAAGACAAGAACAGAAGAACAGAAGUCAAAGACAACUUUAUAUUCUUCUGUUUUUAUUUUCUUUUAGAACUGACUAGAACAGUUCUGAGAUCAAUGAGCUACUAGAAAUCAGAAGAGCGUUGAUGGUUGCCUCUCAUUCUUGACUUUUCUUAUGUUUUAAGUUUCUUGUCAAGCUAUAGAAGUAAACAGUGCUGCCUCUUCCUGGUACAAAAUCACUUCCUGGGCUAUAGCUCAGUUUGUCGCGAGUGGUCUCAAUUCAGGCCAUGUGACCUAUCACACAGGAAGCUAUUAGAUACCAGGAAACAGUGGUUUUGACUUCAUCUGCUUUACUUUGAAAAAUCUCUAACAAAUUUGAGUUGAAAAACAAGCAAAUGGAUUAACCCCUGGUUAGCACUCCUUUUAGUCUGCUUGCAGUUCACAGCUUUGCCUGAAGCUUUUGCCUGCCCAUCUGUAACAAAGCUAGAUACAUGUCUGCUCUCCAACUUGCUAUUGCAUGCUAUGAACCUCAGUGGCACAGUUCUGCCAUAUCAACUUGAGUCUACUUUUCCCACAAGGCUUUGCUUUAAUUGGGAAGAUUUCCCUGGGUGUAUUUUCUUGAGCAGUUUCUUCAGAGCAAUUCAGCAAUUGAGUACAACAGUCUAGUAUUGUAACCCUUGUUAAUCCUAAUACCCCUGCAGGUGUUGAAGCUGUGACUUUUUAUAACCUCAAUUUUGUGCAAUUCAUUCCCCACUGGAGAUAUGUCUGGGCUAUAGACCAAGAACCUUGAUGUUUUUACCCCAGUGUUAAAACAUUAAAUCAAAAUCAACAUAUAUUUCAUGGUUACUAUGGGGAAUAACUUGAACGUCAAAGAAAAUUAAAAAAAAAAAAAAAAAGCAAGUCAAACUAAGAAUUAGCAUUAGCUCAAAAAGAAUCCAUACGCUUUAAAAUAUAUUCUGCUUCUGGACAUUUGGAAUUCCAGGAUGUACUUGGUUUCAUGUAGCACGGCCAUAUUGUCUUCUUCACAGAGAAUGUGAUGUACUGUAAAUGUAGCCCCAGACGAUUAUAACGUUAAGAAUAAGCUUGUGUUUUUUUAUAUUGUUUUCAUAAUAAAUUGGAUAAAUUACUUUUUUUUUAUGGACAGAGAGCUCAUAAAAAUAAUUAGAAACUUAAAUUGGCUGACACUAUGUCGCAGAAUACCACAUGACACAAACUAAAUUAUGAUUUUCAAAGGCAGAGAAAGACCCCUUGCUGACUGUUAAUUAGAUUAGCCAGUCAAAUACUUGGAUUUCAUAGUAUUAUUGGUUUUAUUUAGUUUGGUUUGGUAUAAGAGAGAAUACAGGCUGGUUCUAAGCUGAUGUCGCUAAAUAAUCAAUGAGUGAGGAAAGGCAUAAACAGAGAGGGGUGAAGUCCCCUAAUAAAAGGUAAGAAAAAUACACUAAGCUGCAGUACUAAAUGCCUGGGUUUUGAACCCUUCUGAUUUGAGGGUAGCAUUCCUUGUUGAACUUCAUCCCUUACCAGCUAUACAAAAACACACUGCCAGUCCAAUAGUAGCGCCUAUAGGGGUGAAAGACUUUGCAUAUAUUAGGUUCGCCACUAGGUGCCACUGUUUCCUCAUUUUCCAUUGUUUUGAUUUUUUUUUUUUUUUUUUUUUUACAAUGAAAUUGUUAACUUUUGUUUAUUUUAAACAGUUUAAGCCACUUGUAUAAUGGUGCUCAAAACCAAUUGCAUAAGUUAUUUAUUUCUUGCUUAAUUUUAUCAUUUGCAAUUAUGCAAUUAUAAUUAAAAACACAUACACACAAUAAAGCUUGCACUGAAAAGAGUGAGUAAUAUUCUUAAUAGUUUGCAUUAUAAUUUAACGUCAUAAAUUCCAAUAUAGUUCUUAGCCUAAUUGAAAACUACAAGUAUUGAGAAUUGUUUAUAUAUAAGAAUAUAGAGAUCCACAUCUCAUAUUAUGCUUUAUUUUGAGCUACUAAAUACAUUUGGGCACCUCUGUAGUUUCAAUUCAAUAUCAGCAGUUCCAUAUAUUAUGCUUCACAACUAAUAACUAGGAGACCUCUUACUAGGUACUUAGUGUUAAUAGUGUUUAAUAUUAAAGAAUAUACUUGAAAUAUAUAAUUGAAUACAAUAUGCAUAGUAUUGAAACAAAACAUAUUCACCGGUUGUUUAAAGACCCUUUGUGCUAAUAAAACUAGUGCUAAUUGAAUCAUGUGUCUCGCUGUUUAUACAGCCAGUGCCUGGUGUAAUAGUAUUAGAAUUGGGUCAUUUCUUUAUUUAUUUCCACAAGUGAACUUUAAUGUGUAAUAUGAAGCUAUGGAUAUUGCAACAUUGGUUAACUCUGUGAAUCAUUUUUGGUGCCACUGUAUAUAUCACAUGUUUUGUUAAAAUGAAUGCUUCACUUGCCAUCUUUUGUUGCCACAAUAAUGAACUUGUUUACUUUUAAUGCCAAAAAGCUGUAGCUUGUUUAAGAAUGAAUGGUGUUUCUCCACGAAGGUAGAGAUAACAUUGUUUAAAAUUAUAUUUUCUAUGUAAAAACGAACUGUCAGCAUAAGAAAUAUAGAUACAGUGAAGAAUUUGCAGUGUUGCUCAAUUGUAUGACCUAUACUUAUUUCAGCCAAUAUAUGAAUAAAUAAUGUAUCAUUGUUACCUAAGUAAACAAACCUGCUAUCUGUGACAUGGUUGGGGAUUCUCCUUUGAUUUGCAUUCUGUAUAUUCCAUGCAUCCUUUUUCUGCAGCAACCAUCUAAAAUGAAUAUGCUGUAUAAAAUGUUACUUCUAGAAUUGCUUACCAAAACAUUCUGUUAUAACAACUGCAUUUCAGUACUUUAACAAGUGUGUCCGCAUACUCUCCAGUUAUGUGUUUAUGUCCACCCACACAACACCAGCAAGUGUACAAUUCAACUGGAUAUAGCAGGUUUUGCUAAUCCCCAGGCUGGGUUUGGUUUUACAAAAUACAGGCUUUUGUGCUGUAGUGCAAACAUGUUUCCUUUUUAUUUGAUCCUACCCUCAGAGCUAAUUCCACACUGUAAAAUAAAACAUAGUAUACCAUAAGGGUCAAUGCAGUAACCACAAGAAAACAACUAGAUUAACAGUCUGACUGAAUAAACGAAUGAACCGCAGAGAGCUGAGGAUCGAAUCCUACAAAUCCAGUGUGACAGCAAACUUUGCUAAAACAACGUCUCUUCAGUCUGACUGGGAAAAUAUUUGAUGACAGAUGAUACGAGGUAAACCCAGUGCUGUCUGUUUUUACCUUUAUUUCUGAGAGACACCCUUAUUGGAGACAAGAUUUACAUUGAAGCUUUUUUAGGCCAUUAAAAAAUCUUGAAGGCAUUCAUGCACAGCAAAGCUUUUUUCAAAAAGCGGUUGCCAACCAUGAGGCACUUUAUAUUCUAAUGUAUCUGCAGAGCUAACCAAUGGUUAACAGCAAUGACAUAUAAACCAUGUAUAUUGUGCUCAAUUACACUCGUAGAGACAAGGUUGGUCGCUCACUCAAAAAUCUUCUUUUAGACUUGACCACUAAUAAUUAUAUGCAUGAGAUUCCAAGCCAAACUUCCUAUAUGAAAUAUAGACAGCUAAAUUGUCUAUUUAUUUAAUUCCAAUUGUAUUACAUUUUCUCAAUGUUCGGUCAGCAUCUUUUGCCAGCUGCUCUGGUAUCCUGGGAUUUCAGACACACUAACUACAGCAACAGCACAAUGGCUGAGAACAAGGUUUGCUGUCAAUUAAACCAAGAUACAAUAGCUCUGUAAUAAACAGACAACAUAAGAGAGAGAUGUUGGUGAGUGUUCAGGAUUGGAGAUUAGUCUAGGGAAAGGAAAUUAGCAUAUUUAGCUUAGAAAAAGAAGGGUAAAACGAUUGUAGUUAACAAAAUAAUAUUAUAAAUGCCCUGUUGUGCACUUGCAUUCGCUAUAUUGGUCUCAAAUGUGCAGUUUUGAAAGAAACACAUGUUUUAGUAAACCUGUGUUUUCAUUUUAAAACCUGAUAUCCAGUACUAGACCAUGCUUUAGGUAGCUUUGCAUUAUCUUGGUUAUUUCACAUGGAGAGUGUAUAUUUGAUUUAAUGCUAAUUAAUAAUAUUUUUUGGUAAGCUACUAACAAACUAAAUUUACCGAUUACCCCUUCCAGAUAUUGCAAUGCUGCUUUUCCGCCAUGUCCGAGCGUCUGACUUCAAAUCUGAAAACAGGUCUGUCAUUGGAAGAGUGAUGAUUGGUUUCUGAAAAGGAGAGCUAGAGUGUGAGGCUUCUGGGAGUUGGAGUUCUUUUCAAUAACCAAUCUCUAGCAAAUAAUGUAUCUAUGUUCCUUCAUGUGACCUCUUAGUAGCCUGAUACAUAGAGAAUUAUAUAUAUAUAUAUAUAUAUAUAUAUAUAUAUA